AUGUCAUUUGUAUAUCCUGGAAUCAAUAAAACAUUCGAAAAUUUUGUUCAUGAUUUAUUAAAAAUCAAUUUUAAAGAUUUUGAUAAACCUGCAAAAAAUGAUCAUGAGAAAAGACUCAAAGGCAAAGUCUUUGAAUAUUUUCUUUAUGAACUAGCAAGAUAUAAUGGAAUGAUCGUUGAGAUGAACCAAACUUUCAUUUCUUUUUCAAAAACAAUAUUCAAAUCAUUAUCGGAUGGAUGUGCAGAUCUUCAUG